UGGCUAUGGCGGAAAACGUUCGACGUUCAGCAUCUUAUGAUAUUUUAAAUGACGAACAAAAAAAGAUCUUGAAGGAUUAUUAUGAUCAAGGAAUGAUUUCAACAGCAGCUAGUAUGAGGGAUGUCAUCCAAGAAGCUGCGAACCAAGCUAAUAUGACGUUUGAAAGAGUCAAGAAAUGGAUUGGGAAUAAAAAGCAGUCCAGAAAAAGAAAAGCCAGCUCUCAUCAAGAUGAGGAGUUAAGACUGUGCCCUUCAAAGCGUAGAACUACAGCAUAUAAUCUUUUUUGCUCACAUAUGCUGAACUCAGAGGAAUGCAAGCAGCUAAGCUCUAAUUCUGAGAGGUUGAAGUUAGCUGUAGACCACUGGAACUUGUUAGGGGCAGAGGAACGUGUGAUUUGGGCAGAAAGAGCAAAGGCUGUUCAAAGCAAUGACAUUCAUGACUUGACAUUUAAGCAGCGCACAAACCAAGUAAAAAAAGGGAAAAAGCAGCUUUUGUCACAGCUUACUUACUUAGAAAGUCUUGGUUGUGAAGCAGUUGUUUUAUUCUUGGAGCCUGGUGAUUCUUGUCUUCAACAGUUUGGAACAGAAAAAGGAAUCAACUUUUUGAAUAAAAAUGAAAAAAUUGGUGUCAAUUUCGUUGAGUAUUUGGAUUCUCCAAAACAGGUUGUCAGAAAGUACCGGGUGUGUGAUGUGAUAAAACUAUUCAACCAGAAUUACAGUGAAGCUUGUGGGAAAACGUGCCGAGUACCUUAUUUAAAAGGAGGAUUUACUGUUACUGGUUUGCCAGAAGGUAUUACGUUUAAAAAACCCAGUCAGUAUGGUAUUAAACAGAUUUCCAAUAUUAUGAAAAAUGUGCAGAAUAUUCAUUUCAAAAUAAUCGAAUCACCGCAAGUAGAAAAUGUUUUGACAGAGAAUCGUAAAUAUUCUGAUCAAGAGAGAGAAUGUUACCGAUCUGUGUUGAAGAAAGUUGUUUUUGAAGAAGCCAAAGUAUCAAUGUGCUUGAUACGUAACAAGCUGAUUGAAGAAUGCGAUUUGGUGGUAACUGAUAUAGAUUUGACAAAGUCAGACCUCGAUUUGUUGACUGGGAAACUUAAAAAUUUUUUCAAACCUGAUGCCUUUGCGACUCUUAUUGCCAACUGUAAAAGCAGUCGAACACACGAAGGAUACAUUCUUCCGGUUUAUACUGACUCUGAUCAACCUUAUUGUCUCUUCUAUUAUCCUGGUGCAGCUGAAGGCAUUGAAUCAUCGUCUACUGAAGAUUAGAUUUGGGGAUAUUGGUUAGACAAGACGAGCUCAGAACUAACUUAUAAACUCAUUAAAACCAAGAAAACAAACAUUAUUGGAUUAAACCUAAUCUGUUACCAGGACAAAGAAUUAGGAACUUUAAGGUUGAAAACCAAAAUGUUUACAUCCCAAAUAAGCAUACCUUUCGAUUUUCACACGUCUGUUCUGGAAUGCCUUGCUAAACAGGAUUUCCUGUAGUGUGUUAAACUUUUUUUUGUAUAGCAUGUUCAUGUUGUUACCAAUAAUUGUAUGCACCUAAAAUAUUUGUAUUCUUAUAUUACGCACAAGUGUAGUUUGAAUGUUAAGAAAUAACUAUCGGGGGAAACGAGUAAAAAAAUUUCCAAAUGUU